GGUCAAUCUAAGUUCCCAGUUCGAUGUUGAUUGAUUUUGCGUUUCCCAGCGCAUCUUCCAUCCACUCUCAUCCCUACCCGUUUCUCUAAGCCCUCCGCGAACGGAGGUUCAAUUCCAUCAUGGACAGUUCCCUCGUCUUUUCGCCCUUCGUGUUGCUGUUCGCGGGCGCCGUCGCUAUCGACGAGAAGAAGGGCGAGAUUCGAUUUGACAAGUGGUACGCCUACAUAGAGAAGGGCGCCUGGAUCCAGGAGCUGCUGAGCCUGCGGAAGCAGGUCCUGCCCGCCUUCCAGGAGGCAAUCGCCUGCAGGGACUUGUCGUCGUUCCCUAGGGAGUUGGUGGCCAAGAUAGCCAAUUUCUGCAAGCAGAACCCCAUCAAGCUUAAGUCGAUCGAGGCGGUCACCAGAUCUAUCGACGAAGAGCUCACGGGUGCCGCCCGCGCCCGGCUCUCCGUGUUCGACUGGCCCGAGGACGUCGGGCUGGACGAAGACGAGGAGGACGAUGACUGAUCUUGUCCGCCUCUACACCGUCAACCUCCCUCUUUCCACUAGACUUGCCCUGACCUUCCAGGGUGCUGCUGGCUGCUGUCUCAUCGCGGAAAGCGCUUUGCAAGGGUCGCUUGGGGGUGUUCGACCUGACCGCGUAAAAUCUUCGAGUGCGCACCUUUCAACCAGACAGUGAUUGCACUGAAGGGGGCCUCAUUGUUAAGGACGGCGCUCCGUCGCCCGCAACUUCUGCGGUCCGGCGAGGUCCCCGAAUGUUCCGAGUUUGGUGCGUGCCUUGCCUCGCCGCCAUCUUCCUUGGCGCGGCUCUGUUCCCGACACGCCACGACCCGCCUGCCCUCGCAUCUCUUGCCUCCGCCGUGGUUUCGGCUCUCCUCGACCCUGGUGCCUGCCCUCCGGCGCCACAAAUGCCCUUGGUCCGGCGCAAUCAUGACAGUGGCGGUGGCUCUGCGCACCUCAGGCAGUGUGCUAGCACCCCCGCCGUCCUCU